GUGGCAUCAAGUGUCCCGUUUGCAGCUUUGUGUACGGUACAAAAUGGGAGUUCAACAGACAUCUUAAAAACAAGCAUGGAAUGAAGCUAGUGGAACAUGAUGGGGAGACCAAGUGGGAGGUAAACCAAAUUUCUGAAGAAGCAUCCACUCAGUAUCUCCAUAUCACGGAGGCUGGAGAAGAUGUUCAAGGCACUCAAGCUGCGGUAGCUGCAUUACAGAACCUUAGAUACACUUCUGAGAAUGGUGAAAGACUUGAUCCAACAGCUGUAAACAUCCUGCAGCAAAUCAUUGAGUUGGGUUCGGAAACCCAUGAUGCCACUGCAGUUGCUUCUGUAGUUACCAUGGCACCCGGCACUGUGACAGUGGUGAAACAGUAUAUCUGGGUGAGCACUGCAAACAGACGUUUUUAUGCCAGCUUACUUGUGGCAUAUGAGCAUCUAAAAGCUUUAGUCAAAAAUCCAGAGCUGCACAUGGCGCCAGUAAAAUCCUACCAUGGUAACAGUCACUUUCUUCAAAGCGAGAGCGGUAGCAAUGCGCAGCAAAGAUUGCACGAUG